UUCGGGGCCGACCUUCUGGCAAUCCUUGGUAGAGAAGGAAGCGAAACGGAAAGACAGAGAAGUUGAAAGCGACGAAAUGAUAACCCAUCCAUCACUCUCCCCUGUAAAAUUAUUUAUGAACCAAAACCCUUUCAUGCUACCUUCCUUCUUAAAUUCCCACUUUCUCCUCUCUUGAACUGGUUGUUUGGAUCAUCAAUAUACUUCUUCUACGGAUUGUAUGAUCGAUCAGGUUUAGGUUUCUUAUUUUCUCGUUCGUUCUGUCUGUCCAAAUUGGGGUUGAAUCUUUCAAGUAAUUCAACCAAAAGAGCCAUUGCUAAUACGGCGGAUGAUGAUGCUGCAAUUUGCGGAUCCUGUGAAGCUCAAAACAAAGAAGAUUGUUUUUGAGGACGUAUACCCAGCCCAUGAUUCAGGCACGCUUGAACAACUGAAAGAGCUAAGCUCCAAACGUAGGGCAAUUGAGGAGUCCAUCAAUGGAAGCAAAUCCAUUACAGAUGCCAUUGCAAGGGAAAUGUCUGGAGGUUUGACUUCUCAGACUGAACAGGACCUUCAAAAGCUGGAACAGUAUUUGCCUUUAUUGGAAAACUUGGUUUACCAUGUUGGAUUGGAUAGCAAUAGCUGCAUUAUGCGGCUGACUUCAGACCUUAAGAUCAGAUGGUCCAGUGCUCUCGGUUCAUCUUCUUUAUUUAACCUUGCGGGUCCAAAAUUCUUUCAAAUUGAUAAUUUACAAUUUGAGCAGAGCAUGACUCUUUUCCUUUAUGGUGCAAUGCUUUGGAAAUGGGCUUCAGAAAUUUUAUCAAUAAAUUCUGUGCAAUCUGCCACACUUUUCAGAAAAGCUGCAGGAGUUUAUCACUAUCUGGCCCUUGAGGUCCUUCCAAGUUUGCAGGCAUUGGCCCCAGAAAGGCCACCAGAAGCUACUUCUAGUGUCUCAUUGGUUAUGAGCCUCAUUUGCUUGGCUGAGGCCCAGGCUGUAACUAUAAGGAAGGCAGAAGAAAAAGGAAACUCUGGAGGUCUUCUGGCAAAGCUGCAUAAUGGUGUUGUGCAACUACUUGAUGAAGCUGCUGUUAUUUUGUAUUCUGCCACAAAAGAGUGCAAAGACAUUUCUGUGCAAUUUGUGAAUUUCAUUUCUUCAUGCAAAGCCCUUCAUCAGUUAAGAAGCCAUAAAUACCUUGCGGAAAGUUUAAAGGUUGCUGGUCAGGUUGGGCUUGCUGUUGGAGUUGUUCGCCGUGCAUUAACUAAUGGGCAGAAGCAAAUGCCAGGGGAGGAGUCGUGGCGAUUGGUUUUUAAGCAGGAGAUUAACGAGCUCGCCGAGCUGCUGAGAAAGUAUGAACACGAGAAUGACUUCGUCUGGCAUGAGAAGAUUCCUGUCGAUGAUGAAUUACCACAGCCAGAAGCUAAGAAAAUAGUGAGUUGCAUAGAUUAUCAUCCCCAGAAGUGGGAGAGAUCACUUCUUUUUAGUACUUGAUUGUACAACAACUCUAGCCCUAAAUCCCCCUCAAGUGGAGUUGGUCACAGAAUAACUGUACAGUGUAGUGUAAUUCAUGUGGUGUGGUGAAGAUCAUCACGUUUCUUGUUGGAUUAUUGAUUUCAUCAAUUUUGUGAUCUCGGCAAACUUUUCUAUACAAAAAUAGUGUUGAAAAAAUUUCCUCUUA